AUGAAAGGAGAGUUAUCGAGAGCCUGGAACAUGCUAUGCUCUGCUAGGAUGCAAGAGCGACUGCCUGUCGAGAUUCGCGAGAUGAUAUAUGCGCAGAUCUGGAGUGUGGAGUAUCUCCACUCCACAAGACAGCCAAGGCAGCAGUCCGGUCCUCCUGGCCACUCCGAUCCGAGAUGCCAUACACAUGUUGCUCGGCCCGACUUCAUGGGCAAAGAGACAGCCCUGGAAAUGGUGCGGGCAUGGUACGAAGCAGCAGCUACACUCACACCAGACACCUUCACGAUCCCUGAUACCCAAGAGUCGAUCCAACAGACCGUGUGUGAAGAUCGCUUCAAAGUGGGCCUAGACCCAGCAACCGUCCUCCGGACUCUCACCAUCGAUUUCAACGAGACUACAUCUAGACUCGCUAGUCCGUAUUGCAAAUGGCCAGACGCAGAUACACGGCGGAAGACUUUCGAUCUUCUCUACCGGCUCAAGAAGAAAGCUGGUUUCCGACUCAACUUUCGUAUAUGCACUCCCAAGUUCCGAUUGAACUGUUGGCCCGACUUCUUCGAUCUUUUGCAACCCACGGUCAAGGCGUUCGAUGACGAAGGAGCUAUCGUUGACGUCCAGGCUAUUCAUUGUAGUCGGGGCCCACACCCUACACCAUAUUUAUUUGUGGACUUGAACAGCAUCGUUAGAAGCUAUCAUCCAGUGACGUGGAAGCAGGGCGUGAUCGAAUAUCUCGACUCGGUAAUACUGGCCCUCAUCAUCCUCAUGCAAGACCGGCGCUGA